ACUUGCAGGCAGAGAGCAGCCGCUCGUGCGCCGGGGAGGCGGAGUGUUGGAGGAGGGGAGCCUCUCCACACCCCGGCGCGCUCGGCAGGCCCCGCCCGGCUGCCCCACACACCCUCCCGUCCGGGCGAAACUUUCCCCGGCGGCUGCUGCUGCUUUCGCGCCUGGCCGAUCAGGGAGAUCCGAAAGAAGGGGACGAAUUCUAGGGCAGACGCGGCGGGAAACGCUCUCUCGGGCUGCCAAGGGGGGCAGAGCCCCACUCGGAAGGCGCCAGGGAAACUCGGGAACCGAAGCGCAACCGACGGAGGGCCCCUUUGGCGAGGCAGGGCGCACGACUGAGGGACUCACCUCCAUGGGGAUCCCGCCUCCUCCCGCGGCUCCCCCGGCCGGCCAGUGACCCCAGCCGCGAAGGAGGACCGGAAGAGAGGGGGGGCGGCGGCGUGCGCCUCUCCGCCGGGAGCCAAGCCCUCCACCCCGCCCGCUCGUCUGCCUGCCUGCCUCCCUCCCAUCGGAGAUGGCCGGGAAGAGCGCACCUGCGGCGUCCCCCGACGACACCUGGAUUUCCUCCGAGAAGGGGAGCGCCUCCCCAGCAGCUUCGCCCCCCAAGAAGAAGAAAUCCAAAGGCGGCUCCUCCAGCCUGCGCAGGGCCUUCAGCUGGCUGCGGGGCAGGCGGAAGAAGAAGCAGCAACAGCAGAAGGGCCAGGCUGGGGCGCCCCCCGCCGAAGGGAAGAAGCAAGAGGGGCGCCCUAAGGCCAAAGGCUCCGCCAAGUCUGACAAUGACAAGCGACUGAGUGUCCAGUACAAGGUGGGCGAGGGCCAGCCGGACAAUGUCUUCUUCCCCUGCAACCGCCCCCCACACCUGGAGGAACUGCAUAUCCAGGCCCAGGCCGGGCUCAAGUCUCUGCAAAACCAAGAGAAACACAAACAGACCAAACGGGCCUGGGAUCAGAGCGACACCAACAGCAUCCAGUCUUCCCGCUCGUCCACAGAGGGGGAUGACGUCUCAAUCCGAAGCAAGACUCCCUCGUGCACGACAGAGAAUUCGGAGGAUGCACUGUCUAUCCGUUCAGAGAUGAUCCAGCGGAAAGGCUCCACUUUUCGGCCACACGACUCAUUCCCCAAAUCCUCCGUGAAGGGCGAGAAGAGAAGGAGAGAGCGGAGGACAACAGUUCUGGGCCUUCCCCAACAUGUGCAGAAAGAGCUGGGCCUGAGUAAUGGAUAUGACUCAAAGAAACGUCCAGGCAGCAUUGCUGUUAGAGCCACCCCCAGUCCCCAGCCUCCUGCAAACAGAACUGAGGUGUCUGGCAACACCAUCCACAUUCCCACGGUUGAUGGAAAGCUAGAGCCCACCGCUGCCCCAGAGGGCGGUGCCCGUGUCUCCCUCCCAACCUUGGAGCUGGAGGUAGCAGGCAGUGCCCUCCAGCGCCACAUCGAACGUGUCUACUAUGAUGACUCACUGCUGGGGUGUAAGACAGCAGCUAAGCUGUCCCCCUUGGUCCGGCCCAAGUCGCUGGCUGUUCCCUGGAUGACCACGCAGCCCGGCUCCCCAGAACUACUGCGCCCCGUCAUGUCCAUCUCCCCUCAAGGCACCUAUCUGUCCAAGAUUAUCCCCAACGCUAUCUUGCCACCCAUGGUGGAUGUCAUCGCCCUUUCCCGCAACAAGGUGCGCACACUCAGCCGCUGCAGCUUGGCAACGGCCAGCCCCGCUUCAGUGCGCUCGGUGGGGCGCUUCCCCUCUGCCCCCCGCAGUCGUGAGCACUCCUCCUCCAGCGACAACUGGAGCCACUCGCAGUCCACUGAGACAAUCGUCUCCAACACAUCCACCAUCUCUUCCCAUGGAGGCACCAACAGCCAGAAAACAAGCGAGGUGGGGCAGGACAGGCAGGUCCGCAUGGCGGCCAGGCCUGACCUUGACCAGCUCAGCGCCUACAGCUCUGUGAGCAGGGCCAGCUCCAACUACAUCAAGGCAGCCUCUGCCUCACCCAACCUCCUGCGGCCCCCGGGGAGCAGUGGCCGGGCCUCACCUGCCUACAGCACUGGCAGUGUGGCAGACGGCUCGGACACCACCAGCGUGCGCAGUGACCGCUCCACCUCCCGCAGCGUCUCCCUCAGGAAGAUGAAGAAGCCUCCCGCGCCACCACGAAGGACCUACUCCCUGUCCCAGAAGGCCCAGCAGCUGGAGGCCAGUGGGGCACCCAAGGGAAUGGGCCUGCCCCCAAAGCCAGAACGCAGGCCUCAGCGAGAAAGCGAGGGGUGGGCUUCAGCACGGCUAGGGAGUCCUGGCUUGGCUGGGGAGGAUGAAGUAUUCUCACCAUCCUCACAGAGUGAGACCAGCAGCCUCCGUUCUGACAGUCUGGCCUACUCUGCUGACCUCUCCCACAGUGGCCCCCUGCCCCCCGGUGGACAGCAGGAACUCCCUGCCAAGCAAGGCUCCCCAGACCGCUUUGGCCGCACCAUGUCGCCCUCCAGUGGGUAUUCCAGUCAGAGCGGCACCCCCACCUUCCACACCAAGGGGCUCCUCUCCCACGCCUCGUCUCCCAGAAGCAAGAGGCAGCAACCAAAGAAACCAGAGAGGGUCUGUUCCCUGCAAUCUCCUGGACUCUCCGUCUCCUCUUCCCUGACGUCCUUAUCCUCCUCUGCAUCGGAUCCACCCCCCGCUGAGAUGCCCCCCUCAGGCACUGCUCCAAAUAAGGUGGACAGGUUUGUUAUUCCCCCUCACCCCAAGGUCCCAGCUCCUUUCUCCCCACCGCCCUCCAAGCUUCAACAGGCUGAGCAGAACACUGCCAAUAGCCCACCCCACUCUUCAUCCUCUGCUGACAAGGCCAACACAGAGCCUCCCGUUCUUUCCAAACCCACCAAUGGAUCACCUCCUCCAUCUCCUCCUCCUGCUUACCAUCCACCACCACCCCCAGCGAAGAAGGCCGACACGAGCCCCGAAGUGCCAAGCACCUCGGAAACUGAGCCUGAUGCCCCUCAGGAUGUGCUGUGGCCCCCCCCGCCCCCGCCUGUGCCAGAUGAGCACGAUCUCUCCAUGGCAGACUUCCCUCCCCCGGAUGAGGCCUACUUCUCACUGCCUCUGCCAGAAGCACAGUCGGUUGCUGCAGAAAUACCCUCUGUUGAAGCCCUGGAGGCUCCUCCCACUGUGGAGCCACUAGCCAACCAAAGACCAGUGUCUGCUGAAAAGGGCAAAGAGCUCACCCCUUCGCCCUCCUUCUCCACUACGGUCUGUUCUAAGAUCCAACAGCAGGAAGUCCUAGAUGCCACGUCACUGCCAACUCCCACACUGGAGCCCGCUCCACCUCCAAAGUUCCCCAUGGUGGGGGAAGCAUUGGGAUCUCAGUUCAGCCACCGAAAGGCUGCUGCCUCAGUAUCAGCAGUGCCCCGGCCCUCUGGCCUGCGAAGUCAGCCAAGCCUUAAGAAUCCAGCAGGCAGCUCCCACCCGGAUCUCAAGAAGGAGCCUGCUUCUCGCAAUAAGAGCAACCCCAUGCCAAAGGAGGACGCGAGCCUGCCUAUUGUCACCCCUUCUUUACUGCAGAUGGUGCGCCUGCGCUCAAUCAACAUGGAUGCCCACAGUCCCAUGGCGAGCCCGGCUGCAGCAAAGCUGCCCAUUGAACAGAAUGGGACUAGCUUGGGUGUUGGCAACAAACCGGCACAGGCUGCCCCCCAGAAGCCUAUCCGCAAGUCGCUGUCCUUGAAGGGACCCUCGUCAGCUUCCAAAGAAGCAUCACCUUCAAACCCACUGCACAAUGCUGUGCGCUUGAAGGCCUCCACCUUGUCUUCCAGGGACGCUCCCAGCCUUGGAAUGGCGGAGAGGAAAGCCAGGAACCGGCUGACCCUGCCAACGCCCUCCACAGCAGCAGCAGCAGCUGCCCCUGGGGACCUAAAAGAUGGCCAGCUGUCUCCGCUACACAAAUCCCCAGCCUCAACAGCCAGUUUCAUCUUUGCAAAGAGCUCCAAAAAGUUCGUGAUCGAGACCUCAUCUCCGGAGGCCCAAGCCAACCUGAAGAAGAAUCUGGUUGCCGAAUUGAUGAAUGUCUCUGGCCAGCGGCCAGCGGCAGCCUUGGGGCUCAACCCACAGGGCUCAGGAAAGCCCCAGGCACAGAAGAAGCCCCAAAAGAUCCCUCCUCCCAUAGCCAAGAAGCCUUCACUAGCACCAGGGCACCUGCCAUCACCCCAGAGCCCAAAGCCACCAGGAGUGGAGGAGCUGAGCUCCCCCCUGUUGGCAGCUGGGGACAGGACUAAGAGUGCAGGAACUGAGAACCAGGCCUCUCCGAUGGAGGCUGGUGGGAAAAAUCCGCCUGCUGGGCCAGAGAUGCUGCUGCAGAGCCUCCCAGCACAAGGCAUACAGGAGGAGACAGUGUAAGGGAAGAGCCUGCAUUGCCCCCACCCCAAGAUACAGGAAUUAAAAACAAAACACAAACCGAAUCUCAGGGACCCGAGCAGGCCGGAGGAGGAUCCCAGACAUGGCAGCGAGGAAGAAAAACCGCCUUAGCCUCUGAAGGCCUUGAUAUUUAUGCAAAAGUUGUGUUGGUUUCACUUUCUUCAAUCAUACAGCUUUAUUUUACCACUUUCACACAUAGUUCUCUUUCCAGCUGCCCUUCUUUCUGUCCCCCACCCCACCCCAGAGAGCUAGAGCCUUGAACAGACUUUCUCGGCUGGAUUUGCUGGAGUGCCCAUCCUUUGCUCUUCCCCUUGGAUGGUUUUUUUUUUUUUGUGCGUGCGUGUGUGCAUGAGAAAAGAACUUUUCAACAGAAGAAAGCCUUCCCCCUUUACCAUCUGCAGAAGGAGAGACUGGCAAAGUUGAAGCCGUGUGGUGUGUUUCCCAGAGGGAUGCUCCAUUUUCUUGGGAGGGAGUUGCAUUAUCAACUGGCAAGGGGUUGGGGAAAAGCAGUCUGCUAUUAGGCACCUAGAAUUGUACGAAAUGAAAGCACUUUUCAAAGCAAGACUGUAACCACAGCAAGGACAGCUGUGAUAGAGAACUGCUCCGGUUUGCCGGAUGUUGCUUAGGCCCCAAUCCUUUGUGCUUACGUCAUUCGGACUUGCAAACACAUGCUUCUGGUGGCCCUGCUGGUUAGCCUUGGCAUUUGAGUGGAGCACAGUGCUGUGCCGUGCAAAGCACACGAUUCAUUUUUACAAAUCUGUCCUGUCGUAAGUAGCUGAUAUUGGGGGGCGCUAACCAGCUCCAAGUCUGUUUUGGGGAUGUUACCCAGCUCCAAGUCUCUCCAGGCCUGUUUACAAGUCACAGAGAACACAUAUACAAUCCAAGUGUGGUGUACACUUGAUUUUUCUUGACACACGUGUUGAAUAAUUCUCAUGUUACUUUCAGUGCAUGUACAGCUGAACAUGUAAUUGAAGCUGCACAUUUAUCUAGGCACUGGUUUCAUUUGUAAAAUGAAUAUACAUUGGCUGUUCCUUACAAACAGAUAGGCACACUUACAGAUAGGAUGUUUAUGCAUUCACUGUAACUUACGAACAUGGCUUCUGUUAUAGCACAAAUUGGGGUGGGGUUGGGAUGGGGAGAGGGGAGAACAGAUGAUUAUGUAGAAAUGCACAGAAUUCUUUGAAUCCUUCCUUUGCUGGCUUUCAUGCAUCCAGUUCUGUUGCAUCCUCUGAGACUGAAAUGUCCCAUGGAGGGAGGGGACUGCUCCUUUGGGGUCAGAUUUGAACUCUUUUUAAUGAAGAUGAGGGGUCACAAUGAGACGCCUUUUGAAAGUCUCAAAGGGCUGAGAUUCCAAAGCUGCUUCUGGAAGACUCUCCAAAAGAACCCCACAAGCAUCCCCCAGCGCAGUUUGAAAUCCACUGCUCUGAAGGGUGACACUGCCCCAAGAGUUGCUGCUGCUGCCCAUUCAUUCAUUUUUGGUACCCUGGGGUGACACUCAGCCUGGUGAAGAGAAUGCUGUCAGGCCCCUUCCUUUUCCCCAUCAACCAGCCAAGUCUGCUAAACUGCCCUCCUCCAGUGCCUAGAAAAAGGCAGGGUCUUCAGGGUGAAUUUAAGAUUGCAGCCCUACCAAAAAAAACCCCCUCAGCAUUCCGACUCCCCCUUGAUGCUGCUGUCUUACCAAGUGUGCCUGAGGAUGUAAGGGGGCCCUUUCCUAGGAAGAGGUACUCUUGGCCACCUGCUGGCAGACAGAAGCCUGCCUGGUAGAGGUCAAAGCAGCUGUGUGGAAAUGUCACAUGAUGGAGGGGCUUUCCUAGUACAUGGCUGGGCCUUUCUCUCCAGCCAGUCCUUCUAGACCAGACUCCAAGCUUUGAAGGCAGGAGAGGUGCAACAGAAGAGAGCCUUCAGCAUGCUUAUCCUGAUUGCUGGAUAAAAAAAUAUUUUAGAAGUGAGACCAAACACCUCUGAUAUUUCCUCCCCUUUCCCUUCGCACCUUUUGUUUAAUGUUCUCUAGUAACGUUAGAUGACAGAUUUCUAUACUUUUGAAAAAUCCUGGGGUCAUUUGGUUUGAUUUCCAUGAUUGUAAAACAGGUAAAAAAAUAAGACUACCUUUGAGGAGUAAGAGGAUGGCAAACACCAUUUUAAAAGAAGUUAUCUUUGUAAAGAUGAAUGAUUAAAGCCUGCUUGCUGUCUCUCUUA